ACUUCCAGCAGCUGACAGCAUUGUGUUCAGUGAUGUAAAACGGGGAGAGCAGUGCUGCAAAACACUGCAGAGCGCGAACAUUUGUCCUGCUGGCGCCACCCAACGCCCUUGAGCACAGCGAAAUGCGCCAGCACACAUAAAUCGCAAUUAAACAAGGACAAGCAAAUUGAAAAACACAAGGAGAAACGCAGUAAAAUAUUCGAAUCUUCCCUGCAACAGCAACAAAUAGCCCAUAGAAACUUGGCUGGCCAGCGAGCCAAGUGGUUAUUUAUUGCUUGGACAGAACUUUUCGCAAAAUGCCAGCGGGUCGAGUGGCUGGCAAGGCCGGCUACUCCAAUCACUACUACAAUGGACGCUCCUACGUGGGCAUCAACGAGGAGAUCAUGUGGGUGAGCAUCGGCAUGGGCGUGACCAUAGUGCUCCUGAUCACGAUCGCCCUGUGCUACAUUGCCCGGGAGAAGUGCCAGAAGAGGCAGCGGGAGUACUACGUGACCGCAUAGUCGUUGUACGCGGCCUGCCAAACGACGGAGCAGCAGGGGCAUGCCCGGGAUCAGGUCAUGGGCAUGGAGGAGGGUGCUGGCCAGCCGGAGAGCGGGAGCGGGGGCGGCAAUCCCGAGGCAAGUGCCCAGGGAGAUCCCCCACCGCCAGCAGGAUCACUAGGCGCCGUCACCGUCAUGCAUUGGUCUGUGGUUGACAUCUGUGCCCGCAGCUGGGGCUGACAUGCCAAUGGAUGCGAAAUGAGAGUAGCACACCCACCCGCCAGAACACAGAGCCACCAGUCCAUUCCACCCGCACCACCCACCAGAAACCAAAAACCAAAAACCCACAUUCUCUAUAAAAACCCACAAGCGCUUCGCUGCCCAAGGCACUUGAAUGCGUGGAACUAUUUUUUUUUUAAUUCGUCGAAUGUCGCACGCGAAUCUCGUUGUAAGCAUAUUAUAUUUAGAGAAAGUUACUUUAAAAUACAAACGUGUU